AUGCCCGCUCCUCUUCACUCUCACCCCCAUGGUUCCUCAUUUGCUCCCGGGCAAGAAGUGCCAUCAUCUGGAGACAAUGGUCCCCGGGUGCAUGUUUGUCACGAGGACGAGGAUGCCAUCGCAGAUAUUCACCGGACUUUGACCGCCCAAGAGUAUUCAGAGCCCCACUCAUCCUUCGACAGGUUUCUUGAGCAAGAAGUCCAAGGAGGCAAGAAGCGCUCCAACCUAGGCGUGUGCUUCCAGUCCGUCUCGACUUGGGGCGAAGGUGAUGGCCAUGUCGAUGUGAAGACGCUGGGAACGGCCCUCUGGCGCACGUUGACCUUCAGAGAUGUCUAUGAAUGGACUGUCCAGCCAUGGUUAUCGGCCAAAGAUCCGCAGAAGGGUCGCCCACUUAUCCGAGACUUUUCCGGCGUUGUUCAAAGCGGAGAGAUGAUGCUCGUUUUGGGCCGUCCAGGAGCUGGCUGUUCGACAUUUCUUCGCACUAUCGCUGGUCAUCAUUCCUCUUUCUUAGGCGUGACAGGCUCGAUCGACUAUUCCGGCCUGUGCCCAGAUGAAGUCAGGAAGCAUUAUCGCAGCGCAGUCGCCUAUGUUCCCGAAGAUGACGUGCAUUUCCCCACACUUAAUGUCCGGCAAACGCUCGAGUUUGCGCUGCAAAGCAAGACUCCCAAACGCUAUCAGGAUCGGAUCCCCAAAUACCUGGAGAUUUACGGUCGAGUAUUUGGCAUGACCCACACAAUGAACACGCUCGUGGGCAACGAGUAUAUCAGAGGUGUCUCUGGCGGUGAACGCAAGCGAAUUUCCAUCAUCGAAUCCCUGGCAACCGAUUCAUCCGUGACUUGCUGGGAUAACUCGACCCGUGGCCUCGAUGCUUCAUCUGCUCUGGAUUAUGCGCGCAGUUUACGAAUUAUGACCGAUACCUGUGGAAAGGCGACUUUGCUUACACUAUAUCAGGCAUCGGAUGCCAUCUACGAGUUGAUGGAUAAGGUCCUUCUAAUCGAUGAGGGCCGCAUGCUCUUCCAAGGUCCGGCCAAAGAGGCAAAGCGGUACUUUGAGGAUUUAGGAUACGAGUGUGCGGAUAUGCAGACUACAUCCGACUUUCUCACUAGUAUCACAGUUCCUGAGCGACGGAGGUUCCGACCUGGCUGGGAGAACCGGGCCCCGAAAGGACCUAUCGAGAUUGAAGCUGCAUUCCGACAAAGUCAGGCAUUCAAGGCCAUUGAAGGCUCGGUAGAGCAAUACGAAGACAGAAGGUUUGGAGGCAAGGGUAGCUCGACAUAUCCUACCGACUCCGAGUGCGGUAGCGUGGAAGAGUUCAAGCGGACUAUGCAAAGCGAUAAAUCCCGCUUCGUAUCGUCCAAGUCUCCCUAUACCAUCUCCUUGUUCCGUCAGAUUGUCCUUUGCUCUCAGCGCCAAAUGUGGCAGUUGAAGGGCCAUAUGGGUCCCUUAUACAUCAAGCUUAUUUCUGCCGUGGUGUACGGUCUCUUGGUCGGCUCAAUGUUUUACAAGCAACCCCAGACAACGGAUGGGAUGUAUUCGCGAGGUGGAGUUCUUUUCUACUCCUCCAUUCUGCUCGCAUGGCUGCAGAUGUCAGAGCUGGAAGAUGCCAUGCAGGGUCGUGAUAUUCUCAGUCGCCAGAAGAAGUUUGCAUUUGUGCGACCCAGCGCAGUCUGUCUCGCUCGAGUUAUGCAAGAUAUGUUGGUGACAUUCAUCCUGACAUUCUUGUAUCUGAUCGUGUUGUACUUUCUUUCUGGACUACGCUCUGAGGCUGGUCCGUUUUUCAUCGACUUCCUUUUCAUCUACACGUGCACAGUCUGCCUGACAUCUCAAUUCCGAGUCUUCGCCGCCAUGUCUGGAAAUUUCGAGGUCGCAUUGCGAUAUUGCGGUGUAUCCGUGCUAUUUUGCAUUGUUUUUGGCGGAUACGUUCUGUCGGUGGACAAGAUGAUCCAAGACGUCCCGUGGGUUGUAUGGCUAGCCUAUACGACCCCUGCGCUAUACACUUAUGAAUCUGUGAUGGCUGCUGAGUUUCAUAAUGUGAACUUUACCUGUGCUGCAUCUUCAAUUGUCCCCUCUGGCUCAAACUACACCAAUGUUGCCUACCAGUCCUGUGCAUAUGCGGGAAGCAAGAUCGGCAGCAUUGUGGUGAACGGUGACGAUUACCUAGCCGCGCAGUUUGGGUUUUACUAUAGCCAUGUCUGGCGCAACUUUGGCAUACUCUGUUUGUUCACGGUCGCCUUCAUUGGCCUUACUUGCUGGCUAAGUGAGGUAAUGGAGUGGGAGCUGGACAGUGCAGGCCCAAUUCAAUACAAACCCACCCAAAGCUGGUUCAAGCGAAACAAGAAAAUCGGCAAUGAUGAAGAGAAAAAGUCAGUUUCAACAGACCCACGCGCAGCCCCAAUAGGAACUGCAGAAAAUACUCCUCUGCAGUCUUUGGAAGCGACCGAGUCCACAUUCACAUGGGCAGACUUGGAGCUGAACGUGCAGAUCGGAAAGGAGACCCGGAAGUUACUGGACGGAGUCUGCGGAUAUUGCAAACCUGGGUCUCUUACAGCGCUUGUUGGUGCAUCUGGAGCCGGGAAAUCGACGCUACUGACUGCCCUCACUCAACGGCAAAGCGCAGGUGUCAUUACAGGCUCCCUGUAUGUCGACGGCCAGCCCAUCGAUGGUUCCUUCAACAGGCAGAUUGGAUACUGUCAGCAAAUGGACAUCCACGACGAAAGUAGCACUAUCCGCGAAGCAUUCGAAUUCUCCGCCCUGCUCCGACAAAGCCAUGACAUCUCGAAAGAAGAAAAACUGGCUUACGUGGAAACGGUGCUACACACACUGGACCUCAUCGACCUGCAGAAUGCGGUCAUGGGAUCUUUGGAUAUCGAGAAGAAAAAGCGUGUCACGAUUGGAGUCGAACUCUGCGCUCGACCCAAGCUGCUGCUAUUCUUGGAUGAACCAACUAGUGGACUGGAUAGUCAGGGUGCGACUAGCAUUGUGGCUUUGCUUCGGCGACUGGCAGACCAGGGGCUAGCUGUGCUAUGUACAAUUCAUCAGGCAAAUCAGCAACAGUUCGAAGAGUUCGAUCGUGUUCUGGCCCUGAGCCCUGGUGGCAAAACCUAUUACUUCGGACCAGUCGGUGAAUCUGGAGCAGUGAUUUUCGAUUACUUCAACAAGAAUGGCUACGUUCCGCAAAAUGUCACCAACGCCGCGGACUUCCUAAUCGAAGUGGUCGUCGGUGGUAUGAAGGCCUCCGAAGACAAGGUCGACUGGGCGUCGAUCUGGCGGAACUCACAGGAAGCUGAAGAUGUUAAGAAGGAAAUUGCCAAAAUCCGCACUGGCAAGAGCCAUGAGGGCCUGGCCGCUCCACGUCCGCCGCCACUGUACCAGCAGAUAACCCUUCUAACCCAGCGGACUUGUCGUCAAUUUUGGAGAACGGCUGAGUACCCAUACUCACGCCUCUAUUCAUCCUUCUUGCAUGCUCUUAUCAACGGGCUGACCUAUCUCCAAAUUGGGAACAGCUCCACCGAUCUACAAUCCAAGGCUUUCUCUUGCUUCUUGGUCCUAAUGCUGGUGCCCGAGUUCAUCAACGCGAUCUCUAUGAGAUUCAUCAUUAACCGUGAUAUCUGGUUGGCAAGAGAAGGGCCUAGUGGAUUGUAUAAUUGGAUUGCUUUCAGCACUGCGCAGAUCAUUUCAGAGAUCCCGUAUACCAUUGUUGGUGGUGUCAUCUUCUACGUGUUGUAUUACUUCAUGGUUGGAUUACCACUGGGCUUCGCAGCUGGGUAUAGUUUCCUGAUGUUCUUCAUGUUCUUCCUUUUCGCCACAUCAUGGGGACAGUGGAUUGCAGCUUUGAGCUCGGACUCUAUGAUCGCCGCUACCCUAAUGCCAUUUUUCAUCAUCAUGUGUGAGCUGUUCAAUGGCAUUCUUCGACAUCAUGACCAGAUGCCGGUUUUCUGGAAGUACACAAUGUACUACGCCACGCCCUUCACAUACUGGAUCGGCGGCGUUCUAACAGCUGUCCUCGGUGGCACGCCUGUGAUCUGCACCGAGAGCGAACUGACUCUUUUCGAGAGCCCACCGAACAUGACUUGCGGUGAAUACGCCGGUCCAUGGCUUUCGGCACAAGGUGUGGGAUAUUUGUCCAAUGAGAGCAGCACCGGCACUUGUGGAUACUGUCCAUACAGAUGGGGCGAUGACUACCUGUCCGGCAUUGGGCUGGAUGAUUCCAAGCUUUGGCCGUACUUUGGCAUUUUCCUCGCUUUCACGAUCGCCAACUAUUUGAUGGUUUAUUUGCUGGUCUAUGUUCGAUCUGUUAUGAAGCCAUUCUGGCGAUCGAAGUGA